GACAAGCAGCCAAGGAAACCCAGGGAGUACUGAAAAUGGACCAGGAUCCAAGCAGGCCGACAUGGAGCAGGCAGAUAGAGUUCACCCUGGCUGGGAUAGGCUGUGCUGUAGGCCUGGGCAACGUCUGGAGGUUCCCUUACCUGUGUUACAGAAGUGGAGGAGGUGCGUUCCUGGUCCCCUACCUGCUGAUGCUGGUGCUUCUAGGGAUUCCUCUGCUCUACAUUGAGUUGACUGUGGGACAGUACAUGAGGAGAGGGCCUGUUCAAGCCAUGGCUAAAGUCUGCCCGCUGUUCAAAGGAGUGGGCCUGGCGACGGUUGCCAUCUCCUUCAUCAUGUGUACAUACUACAACAUCAUCAUCACCUGGGCCCUGUACUACCUCUUCAGUUCCUUCCAGAGCCCACUACCCUGGCAGAACUGCAACAACACCUGGAACUUGGACAACUGUACUGACCAAGCGUCCAACUCUAGCUCACAAUCUUCCACUGCCAGCCAGCAGUUUUUCAACUACAGGAUGCUGCAGCUGACCGGGGGGGUGGAGGAGACGGGGACAAUGAGAUGGGAACUCUUCCUUCUCCUUCUGCUGUCCUGGAUCCUCAUCUACCUCUGCAUCUUCAAGGGGGUCAAGUCAACUGGCAAGGUGGUGUACUUCACAGCACUUUUUCCGUAUGUCAUCCUGGUGGCUCUGUUAAUAAACAACGUCCAGCUUCCUGGAGCAAUGGAUGGCAUCCUCUUCUUCAUCGUGCCUGAGUGGGAAAAGCUGAAGUCUGUGGAGGUGUGGGUUAACGCUGCUGCCCAGAUCUUCAACUCCAUAGGAAUAGGCUUCGGCUCUCUCAUGGCCAUGUCUAGCUACAACUCCUUCAACAACAAUAUCUUAAAAGAUACCCUAGCUAUAGCCAUUACCAACUCGCUGACCAGCAUACUUGCAGGCUUUGUUAUUUUCUCAGCCUUUGGCUACAUGUCUUUUCUACAGAACGUACCAGUCAGCGAAUUGGCCGUGGAUGGACCAGGGCUGGUGUUUGUGGUUUACCCACAAGCCUUUCUGACGAUGCCAGUGGCUCCACUCUGGGCUAGCCUGUUUUUCUUCAUGCUGUUGUGCCUUGGGUUGGACAGCCAGUUUGCCAUGGUGGAGGUCAUGGUGACCAGUCUGAUGGAUGGUUUUGGCCAGUCCCUGAUGAAAUACCUCAGGCAGAAGGAGCUGCUGGUUCUAGUGGUCUGCUUUACUGCCUUCCUCCUGGGGAUCCCUCAUGUCAUGCAGGUGGGGAUCUAUGUCUUCCAGCUGAUGGACCACUACACAGCCAUAGUGUCCAUCAUGUUCCUCGCCUUUUUCGAGGUCGUGGCUACCUGCUGGAUAUAUGGGGUGAAGAGACUUUCUGACAAUUUAGAGGAGAUGACUGGAAAUAAACCCAACAUCUUCUUCAAAGUGUGCUGGACAGUGGUUUCUCCUCUUCUGGUUACGGUGAUCCUGAUUUUCUCCAUCAUCCAGUUUAAACCUGCCCGCUAUGAGGGCUACGUGUACCCACCAUGGGCUCAGGGGAUUGGCUGGGUCAUUGCCAUGGCGUCUAUCAUCUGGAUUCCUCUUGGAGCUAUUCACACUCUGUGGGUCCUUCCGGGCUCCUUCAUGCAGAGAUUGAAAAGUUCAAUAACGCCCUUUGCGCUCCACGAGAAGUCGGAUAUGCCUCACUACCUGGAGAGUGCAGGGGAGACGUACCCAAACGUAGCCAUCAUGAGUUCCAUUAUCCCUAUCCCCGAGAAGCCUUCCAUCCAGACUAAUCUCUGACAGCCCCUCAGCUGGCAUCUUACAGGCCUCUGUGCCUGGGACCAUGACACACUUGACACUCACUGCCAUGGCAACAGAUUAUGGUCUAGGUGUCCUCAUGGGCACUGUGGAAAUGGCCUUCCGGUUGAAUUCU